UCGCAACAACACAACACGAGCUGAUCGUACAGCCUAACUUAAGAACAGAAACUAUCUAAAUUAAAGGCGUGCAUUAAAAAUCACUGUAAUUGUCAGUAUGUCAGCUGGAGGAGGAACACAAGAUUGGUUUUAUCAUGCACCAGUUAAGAGAUCAGAACAUACUGCACCAAUAGAAUACCCAGCAGUUUCACAGAUACCAGGACUAAACAGCUUGGCACAGAAUAUUGAUGAUGAGAAUGGAGCCAAGGUGGGAUGGAUUAAAGAUACUGAUACCAAGUAUAUUAAGUUGGCCAAGAUGGGAGGAAGAAAAGGUAAGUGGCUGCACUUUUUAAAAUUCUUAACUCGCUUGGCUUAUCUACACUUUGUUUCCUACUAUUCACAUUGUUUAUUCCUAUCCGCCAUGACUCUGCAUAACUAUCUCUUUUUUUUCAGUCCAAGGCCAUCCUAUCUUCCAGAUUACAUGGUAUAUGAGGAAUUUAAUCCGGCAAGACAACCAGAUAAUAUGCAUUUUCCAGAUAAGCCUAGAAAACCUCCGUACUCAUUAUGUGACAAUUUAUCCGCUUUCAAACGAGAUGGAGAUGCUGUGACGGACAAAACAAUCAAAUUACCAGAAAUUGAUCGUCAGUACAAAAAGGGUGUCUUAUUCAAAGUGUGCAAGGAUACAAGACGAUCAGAACCACGCAAGGGACAGCAAAACCAAAGCGGACACCAAACAGGGCAGAACCCAUCUAAGGAACAAGUUGAAUCAUUCUCCAAGUUACUGAGUAUGGGGUAUCAAGAUGAGUGGAUGAAACAAAGACAAAAAGAAUUUAUGAAUCAACAAAGAACGCAGGAAAACAAAAAGAACAAAGAUUCUUCACUAACUAAAAACAAAAUUACAACUGAAUACAGAGAAGUUAUUUGCAAAGAUCAGCAGAAUGAGAAGCCAACAUUACAAUCUGUUCAUAAAAUAAGGCAUACAAAAGCCUCAGAAGCAAGGAAACAGAGAGAUAGUGAAGAUAAUAAAGAACUCUUUAAACUGAACAGAUUUACGAAAGUUGGACCAAAGGUUAACAGUCAUUGGCAAAAAACGGACGACUCAUACAGCCGGCAACUCGCUGAUGUCAACAUUUAGAACUACAGUAUUAUUGUACUUUGUUCAACAAAUUUAAAUUAUGUUCAUAGUUUACAUGUGUUCAAAUAUUUACUCCAGAACCUUAUGUAAUUAUGUGAGCUAAAGACAAAAAUUUAAAAAAUUGAAUUGUAUAUGAUAUUAAAAAAAGUUUAAAAUCGUAUAAUUAUAUUAGUGUCAGAUGUUCUUCCAUUUAGAUCAAUGUGUGAACCUUACCUUACUGCUCCUCUCUCAUAACUGGGAAGAUUGAGGGUAUGUGUUUUACUGCUCGGCACUUGGUGUUUGGAAACCAAAUUUUUCUACCUUUAAAUUUCAUAUAGGAAAUUACUAAUUGUAAUCUAUUAUUUUGUAAGUAUCUAAAACUCAAAAGUAUACUUAUGUCUUCCUAAACAAACUCUCAUUUCCCAACGAUGUAUGUUUUCUAAAUGUUUUGCUAAUAAAGUUUGAAGUUUAAAAACA